CUGGAAAUGUGAUAACGUGCAUUCUUUUAGGAACUUAUUUAUGCAUUUUGGAAAUAUAUUUUAAAUAACUCAAAAUGGAUCAUAUUUUGACACAUGUGGCCUUCGUGGUUCUGCUCCUCGUUUCCAUGACAAACACUCAAGAAAUCCCGACUAAGUCCAAACAGGCAAGCACCUUCGAUUUUAUGCCCGGCUCCUCCCCGGUCAAACCGAACCUUGUCCUGGCAAUGUGCCAACAGCAGGCCACCAAGAAGACCCUGGACAUACCCCGACAGGGAAAGAGCGCGGACGACAUCAACGCUUGGUGCUCUGAGUACGAUGGUGUGUUGCCGUGCUUGAGCCGAACGCUGCCCUCCGCCAUAGGUCCCAACGACACGUUCCUGCAGCUGAUCUUCAACGAGACCCAGGCCUUCCGCAUAUCCCGCAGCCUCUGCAAGAGGUUCGCCUUCAGAUCUAACGAUGUGGGGCUUCCUGAUCUUCCAUCCAUGUCUAACCUGACGUGUGUGGAGGCCCGGCGGCCGGCGGUGGCCCGCUGCCUGGAGGACAGCAGCCAGUUCGCCGUCGAAAAGUACUACAAGCUAUUCUCCGGCCCACGAAACACACUUCCGCCAGACAACAGGAAAAUGGCUUCAAUAUACGCCUGCAUCAUAUCCGUGGCAACGGCUGGCUGCUACCACCGAGAGCUGAAUGGCCACUGCGCGGUGGCCCAGUGGCGGCUGCUGUUCGACUACCACAUCAUGCUGGCCGGCAAGUGUCGCGAUAUCGCCGGCGUCCCGGAAACAACCACACUUCCUCUCAUGAAAACAACGCCGACACUGGAAGUAACGAAUCGCAUGGAUGUACAAGCAGAUACUCCUGGAAUACAAUUACCAGAAAGUACACCAACGUCAGACCAGACAUCUUUACAGACGACGGGAAAAAUGUCCAACGUGACGCCGAAAACGUCGGACGGGGACAGCGGUAGUGGGUCAUCAGAAGUAUGGAGGAGGAAAGAUGGGGGACCGGGCAAUAGCGUGCUGGGACACUCCCCUUCCCUUUUCAUUUUACCAGUGAUGUUGACAUUGUGCACCGUUGUCUUAUAAACACAGUUUGUCAUGGAGAAGCGAACAUAAACUGGCCCUUUUACAUUGAAUGUUUUUUAAUAAGACUCGCUCCUCGUGCGACAGAGACUGAUAGUGUCUUUAAUGAGACUGUUUAGCUCUGGAAUGUACUGUUGAUUGAGUAGCACUAAGCUGCAGCAUUGUUACCAUAACGACUUUCAACAGUCAUGUCAAUUUUGCCGCCGAUUCCACAUACUGUUUGUGCUCAGAAUGAAAACUUCCUUACAAAUACAUUUUAAGACUCGUUGCUUGUAUUAGAUGUGUCAUAUACAAUGCCAGUGUAUGAUUAUUCAAACAUAGUAUUGACCUGUAUAAACAUGUAAAAAACAUGCAAAUA